AUGCAAGAUCUAUAUGGCGUUGCCUGGUUCCGAAAUUUUGCAGUCAAGACGAAAGCGUAUGCUGCUAUUGCUAGCACCGAUACUACUGCUAGAGACAAGUUCAAGGAUGAUAUCUUUGAAGCAGUUAUUGCAACAGGAUUUCUGUGCAACUGCGAUCGAACGAGAACAGCUUCUCUGAUGCUGGAUCUUCAGACGAACUACUGCAGGGAAGUGGAUUACUAUCCAAAGACGGUCAGCAAAGCGCAAGAUAUGUUGAAGAUUCACAUGGAUGUGAUCAAGAAUCCGGGAGUGAACCUUUACCAAGGAAAAGACCAGCCUAAUAAAGGUAAAGCUACAGUUCCUGGAGCUUCUCCAGCGACAAGUAUUAUCACUGGUGGAACAUCGAGUGUUGCGGGAAGCGUUAACACACCUUUGCGACUUACUGGUACUACAGGUAAUCAGAUGAUGCAAGUUCCUUUGGGAAUGCAACUGAUGCAGAUACCAACUCAAGGUGGUGGCACUGUUGUGAAGACUGGCUAUUUUGAUACGUCAAAUGUCUUCCACGAUGCUAUCAAGGGAAAGGAUGAGAAUGGCAAUGCUGUCUAUCUUAUUCCAUGUCCUACUGGUACGACUAAUGUCGAACUUCAAUCCGACUGGCACUAUGCUAGUAAAAAUGAAGACUUGCCUCAUCUUGCUACUGAAGCAGAUCAAGGUAUGCAGUUUAUUCAAAGCCGCAGAAUCGAAAGAGAUCCGUUUGGGUUGCUCGAUCACGUCAUCAUGGACAGUGGUUGCACCAACACCACCAUUUGUAAUGGUGAGCUCAUGCAUGGACUACGUCAAGCUGAGAAAGAACUCGAUAUGCACACUAACGUGGGCAGCAGAGUUCUCGAUGAAGAAGGGUUUCUAGGAAGAUUUCCGCCUCCAGUCUAUUAUGAUGAAGACAGAAUUGCCAAUGUACUUGCUAUGCGCGAGAUGAUUGCUGCGGGAUACCGCAUUACCAUGGAUACUGAUUUUGACAAUGCCUUUGUUGUGCAUUGCGAUGGAGACAGACAGAUGCGAUUUGAGGCAAGAAUAGUAAUCCUAUCCAAACGAGCUCUCUUAGACUCUUAG